GCCUAAUACUAUAAGUUUAAAUGAUCAAGUUAUAGUAGCCAAAUAAAAUCAAAAACAGAUUGCAUUACGCUGUUAGUGUAACACUCGAUACAAACAGAAGUAUCCCAGCUGACCAUGUAUGUUUCCGUGACCUUUACAAAACUGUCAACCAAGGGAGGGGCACAAAGAAGAAACUGCAUAGUUUACAGAAUCAUCCUCCCCCUCAUGGGAGCAGUAGGAUUGGCCAUAUGGGUUCCCUCUGUUGCCAACCAGCCUAACGAACCUGAAUUAUCUGAUACACGUGUUUCGACAAGAUGUUAUUCUACGAUUUCAAAUUCUGACGACAAUAAUGAACCUCUCUGGAGAAGAAAUGAAGGCGGAGAUGACCUAGAAUUCUGUAUAAUGCAAAAUUCAGCUGAUCAUGAGGCAGUCCUCGAAGAUCUUCUUUUGGAAGAUCUAAAGGUUUCACGGGUCAUGUCAAAGAACUAUGCAAAGGUCUCAGCAGCAUUGACUUUGAAGGAAGCUAUAAAACAAAUGGAUGACAACAAACAGAAUUGCGUAUUUAUUGUGGAUGAUGAAGAUUUACUUGAAGGAAUACUAACCUACGGCGAUAUUAGACGAGUUUCCAGUAAAACCAGUGAUCCUUCUGUGGACCCCACGCUUGCAGAUGUAAAUAACAGUGUUGUUUCUUCCGUUUGCACUCGAGGGAUCAAUUACCAUGGACAAUUACGUGGACUUCUGACAUGUUAUCCCGACACCAACUUGGCAACUGCGAGAGAGCUAAUGGAGGCCAAAGGAAUAAGACAGUUACCUGUGGUUAAACAUGGUAGAGGAUCCUCCUGGAAAGAGAGGAGGCGAAGGAUUGUUGCUAUUCUUCACUAUGAUGCUAUCUUGAACUAUAUCAGGUUCGUGUUGGCUGGCUUUAGAAGUCAGAAUUUAUGCCCUUCAAAGCUACGAUUUUAAGUUACCCUUUCUAACCCGAGGGACCUCAGUUUGUACAACCCACUGUCUCACACUAGCUCUAGAUUAAGUGGCUGCUUCGACGUUAGUUAGUAUGAUUACUGGUGCUGAUGAACAUUUUGGAGUACUGAUUGUUUUUUUGGGUGCCAUUGUUUCCCUAAGUGCUGCAAGUUUUCUGGUUCUUCUUUCCUUUUUGGCUAUGCAGAGAUGAAGUAGCUCGAAGAAAACUGGUUUAUCAGCAUCGAAAAGAGAAUGAACUGGAAUUGAUUGGGAAUGGUCACUAAAGAAUGGCGAUGGGGCGAGAUCGGCGAACCCGCUGAUCCUCCAUUUUUGGUAUCGGAAUUCAUAGAAUCAUUUGUUUAUUUUAGCAAAUUAUAUGUAGAUAUGGAUACGGUCUACUUCUUUUGCCUGUCAUAGUUUUCCCAUUCGUUGAAGGAGGAAGUGAAAGAUAUGGAUAUAGUAAAUUGCUUAUAUGAUUGCUUAUUUUAGUCCAGCCAAGUUGCUAAUGAAACUAAGGGGAGUUCUUUGGAUAGGGCAAUUGAGAAGUUCUCUUGAAAGAAAUAGAAAAGGAUAUAACAGUGAUUCGUUCAAGAUAUAUGUACACAAGUAAUAGC